AUGGCUAGGUUCUACAUUCCAUUUGUGGCUUUGGCUCUCGUUUCUGCUCUGGUCGUGUCGAAUUUUUCAGGAGCGGAUGCCCAGUCGUAUUUGGCGAUCAAGGCGCAAGCGGCCCGAAAAGCUUUUCUUGAUGCUGAAGCUGUGACGAAUGCAACUCUCGCGGAUUACAACAACAAGCUCAAGGCGGAGGCUGCGAUUCAGAAGAUCAUCGACGACGCGAACGCUGCGUUGAAUAACGCCCAGACAAAUCUCACGGCUAGAAAGCAGCAGCUGGAUGACGCGAAGGUCAAGGUCGAGCCAGCACGUCAGGAGAUGAUGAAGCAACGAGCAGCGAGGAAGGCGGAGCAGGACUACCACGACGAGCUUCAGCAGCAAGCGGUGGAGUCGGACAUCGACGCGGCAGAGCUGGAAAAGGACCUCGUCCCCGCGCAGCAGCAGCUGGACCUCGCCAAUCAGCUGCUUGCGGACCAGAUCCUCAUUGCCCAGGAGGCCACCGCCGAUUCCACCUACUACGCGCGACGCGCCGCGAAGCUCAAGACACCGGCAGCGCAGGCAGAGGCCGCCGAAGCGCAGUUAGCCCGCGCUCAGGCGAAUCGUAUUAAAGGGGCGCUUACGAGGCAGGUGGCGCUCGCGAAGGAUGCCUUGGAGUCGAUGCAGGCCGAUUUCGCCUUCGCGAUGAAGGACAAGGUUGACACGAAGAAGGCAGUGCAAGAUCACCUGCCCGACCUGAACAAGGCGAAGAAGGACGCGGCAGAUGCGGAAGCCACGUACACCAAAUACUUCAACGACACGAAAACGCUGCCCGCUGUUAUCAAUUCGCUCACGGCCGACGUUAAGGUGAAGACGUUAAACGCGGCUAAGGUCACGAAGGAUAACAAGGUGGCGCUCGGACAGGCCGCUUCUGCUCGCGCCCAGGCCGAGAUUAUCUACAAAAAUACCAAGGCGAGAUCCGACUCUCUCAAGGCUGUUGCGGACCAGGCGGACGCGGACUCGGCGGCUUACGACAAGGCCCACUCCGUCAACUGGAACAACGGCAACGCACCAGCACCAGCACCAGCGGCAGCACCAGCACCAGCAGCAGCACCAGCACCAGCAGCACCAGCACCAGCGGCAGCACCAGCACCAGCACCAGCGGCAGCACCAGCACCAGCACCAGCGGCAGCACCAGCACCAGCACCAGCGGCAGCACCAGCACCAGCGGCAGCACCAGCACCAGCACCAGCGGCAGCACCAGCACCAGCACCAGCGGCAGCACCAGCACCAGCACCAGCACCAGCGGCAGCACCAGCACCAGCAGCAGCACCAGCACCAGCACCAGCGGCAGCACCAGCACCAGCACCAGCGGCAGCACCAGCACCAAGGGUAACACCAGCACCAGCGGCAGCGCCAGCACCAGCACCAGCGGCAGUACCAGCACCAAGGGCAACACCAAGUAAAAGUGAUGUCGUGCACACGUCACGGCAGUUAAGAUUCUCAAAACCGGCAGCGUCGAAAUAG